GUUUAUUGGUUGCUUCCUUUUUCGAGGUGGUUGUUGUUAACCAGGCUGGUACACGAUUCUUAGCUUCAUCCAUCCACUACUACCUGUCGGAUUCCGAUCCUCCAAGGUUUCUUCCACUCCUCUCCGUCGCACAAUCCCUGAAUAGCUUCUAUCGUGCGCAAUUCACCGUAUGAUACGAACGAAUGCAUUCAUUUUUGCAUAGGAUAGAAGAAGUACUGAAAAUUUAGUGAAAAUUCGGAAGUAAGAGAAGGAGCAUGGCUGAUAUAUUCGCGUGGCUCUUCUCCUUCUUCACCCUUAUUGCUUUAAUCGUACUCGUUAUUUACCAGUUGAUGUGCCUGGCAGACCUUGAAUUCGAUUAUAUAAAUCCUUAUGAUUCCUCGUCUCGAAUAAACAAAGUUGUUUUGCCUGAGUAUAUUACAUUAGGUGUCCUGUGCUGCUUCUAUCUUGUAACAGGGCACUGGAUAAUGUCACUGUUCUGCGCUCCUUACGCCUACUACAAUGUUAGAUUGUACAGACAAGGAAAGCAUCUGGUUGAUGUUACGGAGAUAUUCAACAUGCUCCCUCGGGAAAAGAAGCAGCGGCUUUUCAAACUCUUCUAUCUAAUUUUCAUCCUAUUCGUCUCCUUAUUUUGGUUGAUCUACACAACAUUGGACGAUGAUUAUGAUUAGUUGUGGUGUGGAUUGCUUGUUUAGUCGAAUGUUUUCUGGAAGUGAGCUGCCAGACAUGUGAAAAUGAGAGUAGCCAAUUACUUCCGAUAUUUGAUGUCUAUUAUGGACUAACUUGUACUCUAGGUUGCCGGCAUGUUUCGGUUGUCGGACAAUAAAACAUCUGUGCUUGUGUCUGUAUAUCGUUACACUUAAAUCAGUUUUAUUGCCUGUGCGAUUUAUGUUUUUUUUAAUUGAUAAUGCAAAAUCCUUAGUACUAA